AUGAAAGUGACACAUCAGCCGGUAUAUAUAGAGAAAAAAUACUUAAAUGGAGAAAAAACGGGAAAAAAAGACCUAUUUUUGAUUCAGAAAAAUGAAAAUCAAGAAACAAAAAAUGAAGAGAGAGUAUCGACAAAGAUACCACCAUAUGGGCACAGGAAAGGAUGGAUUCCUAAGAGAAUAGAGGAUUUUGAAGAUGGGGGGGCUUUUCCAGAGAUUUUGGUGGCUCAAUAUCCACUUCAGAUGGGACAAAAGAAGGCUACAGCAGGGGCUGCGUUAGCAAUUCAGGUAGACGCUGAGGGUAAUAUAUUGUAUGAUGCAAUUGCACGGAAAGGCCAUGAUCCAGACCGUAUUGUUCAUUCUUCGUUUAAAAGUUUGAUUCCUUUGAGACAAAGAGCAGAUAUUGGAGAAAUUUCUUUAGAUCGGCCCUCAAUUGAAGAAAUUGAAGCUACUACUGAAAGGACUCGCCGUGCUUUGGAAAAAAUUAUAUCAGGACAGAUUGCAGCAUCAAAACCAAAGUCUAUUCAGACACAGGAAAAGCAUGAGCCAACUUUUGUUCGUUAUACACCAUGUAAUCAGAUGGGGGAAACUUCAGAUACAGUACAUCCUCAACGGAUUAUUAAACUUGUAGAAAUGCCACAAGAUCCAAUGGAACCCUUAAAAUUUAGACACAAAAAGAUUCCCAGAGGACCACCUUCUCCUCCAGCCCCUGUAAUGCAUUCUCCACCAAGGAAAUUAACUGCAAAAGAACAGCAAGACUGGGUAAUUCCUCCAAGUAUUUCAAAUUGGAAAAAUGCCAAAGGGUAUACGAUUCCUCUUGAUAAACGUUUAGCAGCAGACGGUCGUGGCAUGAUGGAUAUUCAAAUUAACGACAAUUUUUCAAAGUUAUCAGAAGCACUUUAUGCCGCAGACAGACAUGCAAGGGAAGAAGUUAGAAAAAGAGCGCAAUUGCAACAUAAAAUUGCACAAAAGGAAAAAGAUGCUAAGAAGGAGCGUCUUCAAGACCUUGCAAGAAAAGCAAGAGAAGAACGACAUAUGUUGCAAAAAGAAUCAUCGAAUGCUUCAGAUGGUAUACACUCAGGUGAGAGUGAAAAUUCGGAAGAUGAAAGGGCUGCAAAGGAACGUGAAGAUCUUCGUAGAGAACGUCGUCGAGAUGCAGAGAGACAAAUGCGUAUGUCUCGUAUGGGUGCUGAGCAACGCCUUAAAGUAAUGGCUCGUGAACAAAAUAGAGAUAUAUCAGAAAAGAUUGCUCUUGGCUUAGCUAAACCAACCAUAUCGAAAGAUAGUCUUUUCGAUAAUCGACUUUUUAAUCAGACUGCUGGAUUGGAUUCAGGAUUUAAAGACGAUGAUACAUAUAAUAUUUAUGAUAAACCAUUAUUUGCUACUGCUGCUGCAAUACAAUCCAUAUACAGACCUAAAGCAAACGCUAUUGAUGAUGAUGAUGCAGAUGAAGAAUUAGACCGUGUUACUCGUGAAAGUAGAUUUGAAGUUCUCGGAAAAGCUACCCACGGAUUUAAGGGGGCAAAUUUGGCAGAACCAAGAGAUGGUCCUGUGCAAUUUGAAAAAGAUUCAGACCCGUUUGGAAUUGACGCUUUUAUUGCUAGUGCAGCUGCAAAUGCUUAUGCAAAAAAGAGUCAUGGUUUAGACAAAACUACAACAAAAGAAGCGAAAAAAGCGAAACUAGAUGACGAACAAAACAAUUAA